AUGAAGACUGGUGGUUACUUGAUCCUUACAGCAUUCUUGGCUUUGGCAUCAUGUACCUUAGCAUUUGAUCCCAGCCCUCUACAGGACUUUUGUGUGGCCAUCAAUGACACAAAGAUGGGUGUUUUUGUGAAUGGAAAAUUCUGCAAAGACCCAAAACUUGUUAGUGCAAAUGAUUUCUUCUUUUCACUCAAGCAAGGAAACACAUCUAAUCCACUUGGUUUCAAAGUGACUCCUGCUAGUGUUAAUGAGAUACUAGGACUGAACACUCUUGGCAUGUCCCUUGCUCGCAUUGACUUUGCACCUAAAGGCUUAAAUCCUCCUCACACUCACCCUAGAGGCACUGAGAUACUUGUAGUUUUGGAGGGUACCCUUUAUGUUGGUUUUGUUACAUCCAACCCAGAGAACCGUCUCAUCACCAAAGUACUCAACAAAGGAGAUGUCUUUGUGUUCCCAAUUGGUCUCAUUCACUUCCAAUUCAAUGUUGGUUAUGCAAAUGCUGUUGCUAUUUCUGGACUUAGCAGCCAGAAUCCAGGAGUUAUAACAAUUGCUAAUUCUGUAUUUGGGUCCAAUCCACGCAUAUCUAAAGAAGUUCUUACAAAGGCUUUUCAAGUGGACAAUAGAAUAGUGGACAAUCUUGAGAAACAAUUCAGGUGGAAUAACAACUAGAAUAGAAGGCAUUGUGAUAUGUGUAUGAACCACUAAAUUUAUUUGAAUUGUUAGUUUUGUUUAUGCUUUUACCUUGUGCGACCAUAUUGGCCAUUGG